UUCAAAAUGCUACGAACCACGAAUAGGUGUCCGCUCGUAUUACGGCGAUUUCGACAUAGUAAAUCUCACUGGUCUGAAAAACAAAAGAAACAGUUUCCCAAAGAUCGAGCGCUUGCCAACUUUGACGACUUCUACGGUUCCGUGUUCGGCGCCCGAUGGAAAAGUGUCCGAAUCGCCCUUCAGUGUGAGCACAAAUACGUGGCGCUUGUAAACCAAUUCGGUGAUACGGAGAAAACUAUCGAACUACUCCAGUCGGAUGGGGCGAUCAAUCUGCGUGAUAUCUACCUAGCUCGAAAGGAUGCUUUGGCAAACGAAAACCAGCAACUGUUUACCGGAGGAAAGGUUUUCAAAAUGGGUGACACCGUCGAAGCUUUCCGAGCGUCUCAACAGCAAUCGGAAGCAGACACAAUUUACCGAGCGGAUCCCGGUUCGGCUCCGGACACUCUGGCAUCGUCAAGCAACUCCUCGUCGGCGUCGCCGGUGGACGAAACGGAACAAGCUGUAGAUUACAAAAAAUCACUUGACAAAACACUUAAAGAUGAUUCUGAGAUUGACUACCAGCGGCUGGUUGAUCCGGCCGUAGGUACCGCGGCACUUCACGAGUUCGUUCCUGCGACCAAACUGAAAGGGAUGGAAGAUUAUGUAUUCGAAUCCGAACACUACAAGUAUUACAGCAACAGCACUGAUUUUCCGCUCAACAUAGAGAUGGAAGAUUCGUUCCGUAUCCCCGAGACGCUACACCUUUAUACCUACGAGCGGGCAAAUGUAUCCACAUUUCGCAGCCCUCGGAAGUGUACCACGGGUGUGCUGUCGCAUUUUCUCUUUGAUGGAGCCUCCUGUUUACCUCCGCUGGCACUCGAUGUCCAACCAGGUGACAGAGUGCUGGACGCUUGUGCUGCGCCAGGUGGAAAAUCGUUAUUGCUCCUUCAAACCCUUCUUCCCGGUACGAUGGUUAUGAACGAUCUGCAGGAAAGCCGCUGCAAUCGUAUCCGCCGACUGAUGCGCCAAUAUCUGUACGAUUUCGACGAUAAGGGGAAACAAAAGCGCUGCUUUAUCACGCAGACGGACGCGCGCAAUCUUCAGGAGUACUCCAUGUACGAUAGAGUGCUGGUCGACGUCCCAUGCACGAACGAUCGUCACUCGCUGAUGGAGAACGAUAACAACAUUUUUAAGCCAUCCCGAGUGAAGGAAAGGCUACGCCUGCCGGAGCUACAGGCAGCGAUUUUGAGCAACUGUUUAAAGCUUUUGCGUCCAGGUGGCACGCUCGUUUACUCCACGUGUAGUUUAAGUCCGGUGCAGAACGAUGGAGUUGUCCACAUGGCACUGAGCAAUGUGUUCAACGAUAUUGGGCUAACGGUAACAAUCAAGGACCUCAGCUUAAUGGUGCAACCACUAGCCGAUAUCUUCAAAUUUGCCAACCCGGCUACGUUAAAGUAUGGGCAGCUUGUGUUACCGUUUUUACCGGCCAACUUCGGACCGAUGUAUAUUUGCAAAAUGGUUCGGAACGAGUAAUAAAACCGGCACCUGCUAUCGGAGCGGGAGCCUUGAAGACAGUGCUGAAAUAACAAAACGAUAGGCAUUAGGCUGAAGCUAAGGUGAGCAACGAUUUUUUUUUCUCAUAGCUUACUGGCAGGUGGUGCAAAUUGGACUGA